ACGCAGCGGGCGUUGUCGGGGGCGGAAGGUUGGGCAGCGCGGGAGAGCUGGAGGGACCGGGAAGGCCUCGAGGCCCGACGGAAUUCAAGUUUGGAGUCUAGGGGCCGGAACCCGGCCUGAGCUGCCGGGACAUUGAGAAACGUCCGUGCAAAGAAUUACACCAAACCACCGUUGUUUUCUGUUGUUUCUGCACUGCAAAAAUAAAACCUGCUCGUUGUUGAACAUGUGGGGACGCCAAGAGAAGAGGGCCACGGGCCACCAGCUGUUUUGAACUGAAAUACUACAGAAGGAGAAGUGGCAAGUGAGGUCUGUGGGGCUGAUGGAUGGCAGGUGGCUGAUGGUGGAGACAGUGUUUGGAGCAGGGCCUGGGGACCCCUCUGCAGAGGCCCCUGUCUGCCCCCUGCUUCCAACUGCAGGUGUGAACAAGACCCCCACGGUGGAUUGCCGAGACGUGUGUGGCCUGAACAUCUCUGACCGCUGUGACUUCAUCCGGACCAACCCAGACUGCCGCAACAAUGGGGGCUACCUGAACUACCUUGAAGGCAUCUUCUGCCUCUUUCCCCACAGCCUCCUCCCUCUGGCCAUCACCCUUUAUGCUAUCUGGCUACUUUACCUGUUUCUGAUUCUGGGAGUCACUGCAGCGAAUUUUUUCUGCCCUAACUUGUCAGCCAUUUCUACCACCCUCAAGCUCUCCCACAAUGUGGCAGGCGUCACCUUCCUGGCCUUUGGGAACGGUGCCCCUGACAUCUUCAGCGCACUGGUGGCUUUCUCGGACCCACGCACAGCCGGCCUGGCCUUUGGGGCACUGUUUGGUGCCGGUGUGCUGGUCACCACGGUGGUGGCUGGCGGCAUUGCCAUCCUACGACCCUUCACGGCCGCCUCCAGGCCCUUCCUCAGGGACAUCAUUUUCUACAUGGUGGCCGUCUUCCUGACCUUCACCGCACUCUACUUUGGCCGGGUCACGCUGGCCUGGGCCCUGGGUUACCUGGGUCUCUAUGUGUUCUACGUGAUCACUGUGGUUCUCUGCACCUGGAUCUACCGAUGGCAGCAGAGGAAAUCCCUGGUUUACUCCAUGCCAGGCACUCCAGAGCUGCUCUCAGAUGCUGAGGAUGAACGGGUGUCUUCUAAUACCAACAGCUAUGACUAUGGGGAUGAGUACCGGCCGCUGAUCCCUUACCAGGAGACCACGGCCCAGAUCCUGGCCCGGGCCCUCAACCCGCUGGACUACAGGAAGUGGAGGAACAAGUCUAUCUACUGGAGGGCCCUCAAGGUGUUCAAGUUGCCCGUGGAGUUUGUCCUGCUCCUCACGGUACCUGUCGUGGACCCCGACAAGGAUGACCACAACUGGAAACGGCCCCUCAACUGCCUGCACCUGGUGACCAGCCCCCUGUUCUGUGUCCUGACCCUGCAGUCGGGGGCCUAUGGCCUCUACGAGAUUGGCAACCUCCUUCCCGUCUGGGCCGUGGUGGUGAUCGCGGGCACAGGCUUGGCUACAGUGACCUUCUUUGCCACAUCCAACUAUGAGAUCCCUAGGCUUCACUGGCUGUUUGCUUUCCUGGGCUUCCUGACCAGCGCCUUGUGGAUCAAUGCAGCUGCCACGGAGGUGGUGAACAUCUUGCAGUCCCUGGGUGUGGUCUUCCGGCUGAGCAACACGGUCCUCGGGCUCACGCUGCUGGCCUGGGGGAACAGCAUUGGAGAUGCCUUCUUGGAUCUCACCUUGGCUCGCCAGGGCUACCCGCGGAUGGCGUUCUCGGCCUGUUUUGGUGGCAUCAUCUUCAAUAUCCUUGUGGGUGUGGGGCUGGGCUGCCUGCUCCACAUCUCCCGCGGCCACGUGGAGGUGAAGCUGGAGCCAGACGGAUUGCUGGUGUGGGUCCUGGCCGGUGCCCUGGGGCUCAGCCUCGUCUUUUCCCUCGUCUUGGUCCCCGUGCAGUGCUUCCAGCUGAACAGAGCCUAUGGCGUCUGCCUGCUCGUCUUCUACUUGACCUUCCUUGUCGUGGCUCUACUCACCGAAUUCGGAGUGAUUCACUUGAAAAGUGUGUGACUGAAGCCGUGUGUCAGAGUCCGCCUGGUGGCCUGGGGUGUCAUUGCAGGCAGGCACCCAGCAGCCUCCCAUGAGGGGAGAAUUGGCGAUGGAGACCCCUUCCAUAGAACCCAAAUGGGCAUGCAACGGAGUGGAUGGGAUCAGGGCUCCUGUGGGGUGGUUGUUGCUGCUAAAGGUUUGAAGUCGCUGCUCUGUGCAGGGAGAACAGCCAAGUCCCUCUUCCUGCUAGCAUCCAACAGUGCCGUUUCUGAUUUUGGACAACACUGCCCAUGGACUUUGGAGACUGGGCUUUGCUGUGGACAGAGUUCCAAAAGAAGCUAGAGGCCUUUCUUGAAUGAUCUCCAGAGCAUGUCUGAGGAGGGUUAGAGUUUAGGGUGGGUGGGAUGACUGGGUGCCUUCCAGGCCGCUUUUGAAAGACACCUGAAGUGUCCCUCCCGCAGUUACCCCUGCUGCCUUCUUGUCCCCCUCACUGGGCUUUAGGCCCGCUGGAAUCUUCUCAGGGCUGAUGGCUGCCACGCCCUGGUUUAGGAACCAAGGUGAUUACACUGCUGCUUACUGAGGUGGGCCAGGUCCCUGCGCCAUCUGACAGAAACAGGAUGUGAGACACACCCAUCAUUCUGAAUUUUCUAGAAGCCACAUGAAUAAGGCAAAAAGAAACAGGUGAAGUUAAUGGGGACAGAUUUUUCUCUCCCAUACAGAAAUUUAUACAUUGUUAUGUGACUAAUUGCUCUCCCCAUACUGUGACAGCACACUCCUCCUUUCCACCCGAUUCCCAUGUCCAUUCAACCAGCUCC